AUGGAGAUGGCCUUCUGCAGUGAGCUCGCGUGCACGGGGAGGGAGAGGCUCGGUCCGGCCGUCGGCUGGCCGGCGCGGCACAGGUCCCACGCGGCCGCACGCCGGAGGGGAAACACGGCGGCGGCGGUGGGCGGAGCACGAGUGGAUGUGGGAGGAACCGAGCGGAUGUGGAGGAAGCGGCCAGCGGAUGCGGUUGCCACCCCGCAGCGGAUCCGGAAAUCCCAAUCUCCCCUGCCUCUCCUCCGCAAGCUUGCGCCCAAGCCCCGCGGCACCAUCUACUUCCCCAUCACCGACGACCCGCCCGAGCCCACCGCCGCCGACGAGGACGAGGACGACGGCACCGGAGACGAUGAGGACGACGCCGAGGACAUCGCCAAGCUGCUCGAACCGCUGUCGUGGGAGCAGCUCGUCGCGCUGCUCCGCACGGCGGCUGAGGCGAGCCCCGCCACGAUGGCGGCCGUGCACCGCGCCGCGGAGGCCGACCCGGCCAGCAGGAAGCUCUUCGUCAACGGCCUCGGCUGGGGCGCCGGCGCCGAAGACCUCCGCUCCGCCUUCUCGCGCUUCGGCGAGCUCGAGGACUGCCGCGUCAUCUCUGACAAGUAG